UGUCAAGAGUUGGCAGUCAAACUUUUAGCAGCUAAAAAGACAACGCAAAGAUACGAAAUAGACGACGACAACAACAAAGGAUCUCUAUCAACAACAGCUAACCUGACAAAAAGGGAUCACUUGACUUUGACAACUUUAGCCGACGCUUUUUUGGGGGGGGAUUUUACCGAGUUUCUCCGUGAUCUCUUGAAACGAUGAUGUACUCGGCUUUCAACACGGAUUGUGACUCCUCUUCCCGGUGCAGUACCGCUUCUCCAGCUUGCGACAACCUGGUUUACUACAACUCUCCUGCGGGAUCUUACUCCACUGUAGGCUCUCCCCAAUCUCAGGACUUCACAGACCUGACUUCAGUGUCCAGUGGCUCCUUCAUCCCUACUGUCACGGCCAUCUCUGCCAGUCCAGACCUGCAGUGGAUGGAUCAGUCGCUCGUAUCCUCCGUGGCCCCUUCUCACAGAGUCCAUCCCUACAGUGCCAGCCCCCCAACCUACACUAGCGCCAUGAGGAACAGGGGCCACAGCUCUGGGCGCAGAGCCAAAAUGGAACAGCUUUCGCCUGAGGAGGAAGCGAAGAAAAGAUUCCGUAGAGAGAGGAACAAGCAGGCAGCAGCUAAAUGCCGCAACAGGAGGAAGGAACUCACCGACACUCUGCAGGGUGAAACUGACGAGCUGGAGGAUGAGAAGUCCGCUCUCCAAAAUGACAUCGCCAACCUGCUCAAAGAGAAGGAGAAGUUGGAGUUUAUCCUGGCAGCCCACCAGCCCAUCUGCAAGAUCCCCUCUGAUAUGGACACUGUUUUCCCCUCCCACUCCUACGGAGUCUCCAUCCAGCUGUCCCCACCUCAGCCUCAAAGCAUGGUCUCCAGCUCCGUCUGCUCUGCUACUCCCCUUACCUCCAUUCCGUCGACCACCAGCUCCAACCUCUCCACCUCAAUCUUCUCCAGCAGCCCCCUCCUUUCCACCGCCUCCGUCUCCGACGUCAAGAUGGCCGACCUGGACACAGCCUGCCUGGAGUCCCUGUCUCUCCUCUCCAAGACUGAGAUGGAGACGGCCCGGUCGGUGCCCGAGGUCGAUCUGACCAGCUCCAUGUACACCCAGGACUGGGAGCCUCUCUACAGCACAGCCAAUAAUGACUUUGAGCCCCUGUGCACCCCUGUGGUCACCUGCACCCCAGCCUGCACCACAUACACAUCUUCCUUCGUCUUCAGCUAUCCAGAGGCGGAGGCGUUGACUACCUGUGGCGUAGCCCAACAGAGAGGGAGCAGCAGCAACGAUCAAUCCUCUGACUCCCUCAGCUCCCCUACACUCCUAGCCCUGUGAGCAGGACAACCGUAGUCCCUCAGCUCCCCUACACUCCUAGCCCUGUGAGCAGGACAACCGUAGUCCCUCAGCUCCCCUACACUCCUAGCCCUGUGAGCAGGAGAACCGUAGCUGUGUCCCAAAUGACACCCUAUGACCUAUAUAUUCAUUGCUUUUGAUCAGGAUCUAUAAGGUGUCCCAUAGGGCUCUGGUCUAAAGUAGUGCACUAUUCCCAUAGGGUUCUUGUCUAAAGUAUUGCAUUUGGGAUGCACAUUCUUCCACACAACACCAUUUCCUCUAGAGCACAUUUAGCACUUCCUCCAUGUGCAGAAUGAUCGCAGAGAUAUGGACUUGGACUCGCACAACCAGGAAGCAAAAUAUAUUUGUUUACCUUGUUUUGUAUGGACUAUAAUAGGCUAUUACUUGCCUCUUUCAACUAUGUAGCUGAUUAAAGCAUGUUUAACUAAUAAAACAAUAGUUUGGGUUGACAAAAUAGUUGUUGAUUUUAUGGUGCUAGGUAACGAAGUUGUGUUUCUGUGUUCAGAGCAAUAUAGUUAUCUUGACCUGUUUGUUUUCUGGUUGAUGGAAUGUGAGCUUCUUGUAUGUUUGAUAUUUUAAUUAUAAUCAUGAUGUGCUUGUCUAGCCAUGUCUGGUUGGUCUAUCCUAGUAUAAAAGUUUUCUGUGAAAACGUUUUUUUUUUGUGAAAUUUGAAAUUAUUUUUAUACUACAAUUUUAAAAAAGGAAACGAAGCAAACUGAACCUUUGAAAAACGUACAAAAAUAAACUGUUGAAAGAAUAAAUAUAUUAAAUUAUUUAUUCACGUC